CGCUGCACCGACGCAGAGUUCCCGUCGCAGCGCAAACAAACGGCGCGGACCGCAAACCGAGGAGGAGGAAGACCGAGAACAGCUCCGCGUGACGUUGUGUCUUGCGACGGGACUUUCUGUCAAGGGCCGACGUCGUGGGCGCAGAGGGACCAGGAGAACAAAGAAGCGGGGCGACCGGCUGGACGGGGCCCCACAUGGAUAAACGUCUUUAGAGCGACACCAAGCUCUCUCUGUCCGGACUGAAAGUUAAGAUGGAUUGAAGACACGCUGCCAUGGACCCCAUAUUGGAAUGUAAACUUGACUGACGCUCUCGUUCAAAUUGAAGGGAAAUUGCUCCGCUUUCCUGCCACCAUGAGUCUGGGUAAACUGCCGGGGAUUAAAGGCAUCGUGUCUGGCUCCCAGGGGAAACGUCGCUUCAAGAGUGAACUCUCCGUGGACAUGAUCAGCCCGCCGCUGGCCGACUUCCGGCACACUAUGCAUGUCGGCCGCGGCGGGGAAGUGUUUGGGGACACUUCCUUCCUCAGUAACUACGGGGGCAUCAGGGAGCCGGACAGUCCGAACUCGGCAAACAGCUCCAGGACAACCAGGUUUUUCACGCGCAACUUUCGGCACGUGCGGAAAAACUCUGUGCCGCGGCCGCGGGGGAGCUCCCGUGAGUUGUCGUCCCCACCGCCGGAAGUCUCACCCAUCAUCAAGAACGCCAUCUCCCUGCCCCAGCUGAACGUGGACUCCCCUAACGGGUGCCUUCAGAGGACGCUGUUCUCCAGCUCCAUCAGCUCAACAGAUGACUCCCUCUGCACAUACGGUCUGCAGUCUGGGUUUGUCACUCUGCCCCGCCUCUCUCGCCUUGACAGACAGCUUCAGGAUGGAGACGCCCGGAAAGGAUCUCUACCAGACAGCAGUUGCAUCACACUGACACGCUCAGACUCCCUCACCUCGUUCACUAUCGACCUUGGCCCUUCCCUUAUGACUGAGGUACUGAGCUUGAUUGACAACCCCAGCUACCUUCAGAUGUCCCAUCACAGCCAAGCGGCAGGUGAGAAAGAAGAAAGAGAGGAAGAGGAAGAAGAGGACGACAUCUCUCCAACAGAAACGCCCUUGCAGACCCCUGGGGCGACUUCACCCAACCCCUCCGUGGGCAGUGGGUCGUUCAGCAGGAACGAGGGGCGCUCUUGUAGCAGGAACUGGAUGGAGCAAGAGGAGGGGAGGAGGUCACCGAGGAUACCAGACGAGUGCUCUGGGUCGCCUCGGAGAGCCGAGCCUGCAAUCGAGGCGGAAAGCUUCCAGAGGGCAGCUGACGUGCUGUCUCGUCAUUAUGGCGCAGGGUCCUUCACAAAGGCAGCGAGGACGAGCAGCGACGCCACUUCUCCUGCAUUUCCCCAAAGCCGCAAAACAUCAUGUGCCUUUUCUGAAGAGGAGGAAGAGGUCAAAGUCUAGAUGGUGAAACUAUCUCUGAAAAAGUGCUGUGACUUUAUGGAUCCAAUAAAACUAUAGGAACCCUCCCAUGACCUGAGUUAUGGGUUCACUGCAAGUCAGAGAGGAUGAACAGUUUAGGAUAUUCUGUUCCUCCAUAAAUAUUCUUCCUCUUCACACAUGUAUCUAGACGGGGGACCAGAUCCUGGUCCUGAUGCUGAUCUUGACCCUGGAUCUUCCCCUACCCCUGCACUAAAUUGCUGCAAUGCAUUUAUAGAUUAUUUGAACUAUUCUAAAAACACAGGUCACUGCUGUGAGUUUGAUGUCACAAAAAUGGAUUUUUAAUAAGAACUUUUUAAUUUGAUCAGUAACAAAGAUUUAAAAGGGGCUGAAGUUUGUCCCAUUUGCAUUAAUUAUACUAAGAGCAGCAGACUGGUUACACUGGAGAACAAUUCAUUCAUUUUUUAAACAAUGUACAUAAUCACAUAUUACAAAAACAUGAUGUUAAACAGCAAAGUGUAUUAUAAAUAAAUAAAGAUGGUGAAAGGAGCCCAGUCUAAUACUGUUGGCUACUGAGGUGUUCCCUCUGAAUGGACCUGGUUGGUGCUCUUGUCAAGCCUCAAACACCUUGCGUUAACUUUGAUCAGAGUUGCAUCAGGUAAAUAAUUCACAGACACGUUGCGUUGUAUUAGAGUCCAUUUGUAUUCUCUAAACCCGGUCCCUUGGUGCCAACAAUUAACACACGGUUAGUAGAAGCACAACAAACUGGUACCGUGAAAGGGGUCAAAACCCUUUUAGCCUAACACCUGAGCCUAGGCCUGAUCCCUGGACAUCAGAACAGCGCCACCGAAAGUACAUAGAGAAUAACGCAUGUAUUUUUAAUAACUUAACUGAAAUCAGGAAUGUUGGUGUUCUAUCAGACAGUUGUUGUGUAACAUGUAGGUUAUAGGACAGUUUAGAAAGAUGUUAUCAGUUCAUUUUUAUCUUGAGUGAUAUGGCAGAUGCAAUAAAGGCCUGAUUUGAGAUGUCA